GAGGAGGAGACAGGGCCUCUGCCGCCCAAGAGCGUGCGGCGCCGGAGCGGUGGCGCCUCCGGCGCGUCUCGUGCCUCGAGGCUGCCGAGAGGGCUCCACCGCUGUGGCGUGGCGGCCCCGGCCGCCGGCGCGCGCGGGAGCGCCCCUCAGCAAUGGCUGCCGAGGAGGCCGGGGAGGCGGCUGAGCUGCCCGCGGAGUCCGCAGGUGCGCCGGAGCUUCCAGCGGAGCCCGCCGUGGGGGAGCUCACGCCAGAGCGCUCCCGCGGAGGCUCGCGGCGGCGCGGCGCAGGCUCCGGCGUCCAGACGCCGGUCAAGACCUCCAGGGCGCGGGCGCCGCCGGGCGCGCGCGGCGAGAGGGACGGCGCAGCGGUUGUGGCCGAUGCCGCCGAGGCCAUUAAGGAAGCUUCGCCUGGUGGGAAUGCUGGCACUCAGCGCUUUGAACAACUAUGCCAGGGCUCUGCCUCAGCGGUCGGAUGUUGGUCUUGGCUGUGCGCUCAUGAUGGUUGACAUCAUCCCUCAUUUAUCGCAUCCCUGCACCAGCUCAUCCUUCUCUUCCACCCCAGG